GCGCGCUGGAGAGGGAAGAGCACGCAGACAAAGCGAAACAACGGCGCGGCGAACCUGGGGUCACCCGCGCGCACGUCAGAGCAACGUUCUUCGACGAGCUGGCAAACCUGAUUACCGCGCCGCAGCCGUAUCUAGAGACCCCAAAGCACUGCGCCGUGGUGACCAGAGUCAUAGACCAUGAUUUGUUCGGGGACAUCCCGCCCUGCGCCGAGGCGCGCGUCUUCUUCAACGCGUUGGCGAUGAGUCCAUGGACCAGCGAGCGCGAGGACAAUAUCAACCAGAAGCGCCAGGGGGAGGGCAGAGACCGCAUCGAGCUGCAGCAGAUUCAGGUCUGCCAUCCCCGCACGGCGACGCACGUGGCCAUCGCGAACAACGGGGGCCAGGCGAUCGGGGGCGCCGCUUCCGACGGCCCUCGAGCGCAG